AUGGUGGAGAACCAUACCCAAGUCACCUGGUUCUACCUGCUGGGACUUACAGAGCAGGAGGACCUCAAAGGCAUCCUCUUUGUGCUCUUCCUGCUCAUACAUUCAGUCACUGUCAUGGGCAACCUGGGAAUGAUCACUCUGAUCCAUGCAGACCCACAGCUCCACACCCCCAUGUAUUUCUUCCUGAGCGUCCUAUCCUUCAUAGACUCCUCGUUUUCCACAGUGGACACCCCCAGGCUGCUGGAGAGCUUCCUCAUCUCAAGCCAAUCCAUCUCCUUUGCAGGCUGUAUGGUCCAGAUGGCCCUCAUGAUCCUCCAUGGUACUGCUGAGUGUCUGCUCCUGGCCAUCAUGGCCUAUGACCGAUUCACCGCCAUCUACCACCCUCUCCUCUAUCACACUAUUAUGUCCCAAUGUCUGUGUGUCCUGCUGGUGGUGACCUGCUAUACUGUUUCUGUUGCCAAUUCAGCUUUGCUGACUGGGUGCAUCUUUAAGCUGCCCUACUGUGGCCCCAAUGUCAUUAACCACUAUUUCCGUGACAUCCCCCCCGUCACCAUUAUCCCAGUCUCCUAUGCCUACAUCCUCAUGACCAUUUGCAGGAUGCGCUCCCUGCAAGCCCAGGGCAAAGCUGUCUCCACCUGUGCCUCCCACCUCACCAUCAUCUGCCUCUUCUAUAGCACCAUCACCUUCAUAUAUGCUCAGCCAAGCUCUCACAAUUCCAUGGAACACAAGGUCAUGUCUGUCUUCUACACUGUGGUCAUCCGCAUGCUGAACCCUCUGAUCUACAGCCUGAGGAAUAAAGAUGUAAAAUAUGCUUUGAAGAGGAGAUGCCUGUGCAAGCUGUCUUCAUAAUCAAGUGUGGAACAUUGAGCAUCCUAUCCCAAGCUGUAACAUGGUAGCCACAAUAUAAAG